ACAAAAGUGUAAGAAAGAUAACUGAACUUCCUAAACCAGGGGUAAGUAAACUGAAAUUUUCAGAACCACAUGGCUUUGCUGCUCUGUAAUCUUUAGUUUUAAAUGUUAAGGCCACGAGUAAUUAUAUUGAAAAAUUCAAAAGUCAUACGGUUUGGACGGUCCUUAUUCCCUAAUCUAAAUUAAUUAGCCCCAAGGGUCGGACUUUCACAUUUCCACAACUAUCUCAUUUUUGUAAAUUUAUAGGUACCAUCUACAAAAAAUCCAAAUCAUUUGAUCAAGAAAAGCAGACAAAUGGAGUUCCCGGAGAUCAAACCGACAAAACUCAGCCAUUUCAGCCACAGGCAUCCUUUAGAACUCCUGGAAGUCGAAGAAAAAGAUGCGCUACUCUGCUCCGGUUGCGAGCUGCAACUCCAAGGGGCGGCCUACAAUUGUACAAAGCCCAGCUGCGAUUUCAUCCUCCACGAUUCCUGCACCGAUCUCCCCAGGCAAUUGAAGCACAAUUCCCACCCGAAACACCGCCUGAUCCUGCAGUUUCACCCGCCUUACCGCGGCGAAUUCACUUGCAAUGCCUGCGGCGAUGUGGGUCACGGUUUCAGUUAUCAUUGCAGUACUUGCAAUUUCGAUCUUCAUGUGGAGUGUGCUUCGUUGCCUGAGGUCGAAAACCGCGAAGAUCACGAACAUCCUUUCGUGUUGCUGUAUUCAUCUUCCUUUCCGGCAACGAAAGAUGAUGGAAAGGGAAAAAAAGCAGCGGAGAUGCAGAGUUUGUUCAACUGCUAUGUUUGUGAUGGACCUGUUGAGAAUGGGCGCUGGAUGUAUCGUUGUUCGGGUUGCCCCCGUGGUGCGCAUUUGGAUUGUGUUAGUAGUUAAUUUGAUCCUGAUGAAUGUUAAAUUGUUUGUGAAUUCUUAGUUGCAGAAAAAGAAUGACAAUGUCUUGAAUUUGAAUGUAUGGCGCAUUUGACUUUCUUGAAUGAUUUGGAGCAUGAAUUUAAGAAUUGAUUAGUGAAUUUCGUAUCGCUGUUUCAAAUUGUUAAGGGUUGAAUGUGUAUUAUAAAAUGGAAGGAUUAAUUUUACAGAGUCAAAUUUCCAUCCUUUUGUUUUGUCCCAAAUUCUCUCUGCAAAUGAGAUGGAAAUGAGCAGCUUUUAGUUUUUACAACUUCUUGCUUAAUUGGUACCGGAGUUCUGAGGUCGGAAUUAUGUUCCGGCCAUCCGGUCCGGGUACUAAUUAUUAAUCCAGGGCGACGCGGUUG